GAGGCAGGAACCAUGUCUGUUGUUCUCCUAGUCGUUGGUGUUGUCAUAGGAGUUGCCUAUAUUUACCAUCACAUUGUGGUGAAGGGAGAGAGAUGUACAAGCCAAGCAAAACUUCAUGGAAAAACUGUGAUUGUCACUGGCAGCAACACCGGCAUAGGGAAGACUACAGCCAUAGAUCUCGCUCGGAGAGGAGCUCGAGUGAUUCUGGCCUGCCGCUGUAAACAAAGAGGAGAGGCUGCUCUUGAGGAGAUCAAAAGGGAGAGUGGCAGUAACCAGGUGGUAUUCAUGCAGCUGGAUCUGGGGAGUCUGAAGUCUGUUCGGACUUUUGCAGAGACUUUUCUGAAGUCUGAACCUAGACUGGACAUGCUAAUCAAUAAUGCAGGUAGGACUGCUCAGUUGCUCAGUUACCUUACCAUCAGCCAUUCAAUAAUAUCCUAUCUGAUUAUUCUUAGGGCUGUAUUAAGAAGUAAUUCUAAAGACCAGUUAACCAAAUAUAAUUCCUUUUUUUUCACAGGGGCCAUAAGUUCAGAGCUGGGUAGGAACACAAGUUUAUUUCUACAAGUCGUCCUUAAACCCAUCACCACGUUCUUCUUCAAGAACACUGUCCAGGGAUGCCAGACCACCCUCCACUGUGCCCUACAGGAAGGCAUUGAACCUCUCAGUGGACGAUACUUCUCUAACUGCACUGUUAGGAACCUCUUUGCUAAAGCCAGAGAUGACGCUGCUGCAAGAAAGCUGUGGGAGAUUAGCGAGAGAUUCUGUGACCUUCCCUAAAGCAAAAAGAAAAGCCUGCAUUUAAACUAUGACACAAACUAUUUUCGGUUAGCUCUUAAUAGCACCAGUUGUUCUUCAUAGUCUUGAUAAAUUAAGCUAACUGAAAACCUAGGUUCAAAACUAAGCAAUGGAGAGUAGAAAGAGAGAAAUAUUACGAUCUAUCCCCAAAUGUAUGAGAAUGAAACUACUUGAAAGAACUCCUCUGAAAAGAUGAGGGGUCUUUCUCAGCUACUAGGAUGUAGGAAUUUUCACCACAGUGUUGAGACGUGAUUUAAAUGUGAACUGAAUAAACUUUCUUAUGUAACUUGGUUAGAUGUAAAGAUAUUUAAUGACUGUCUAACCGCUUUGUGUUCAUCACAUUUUAAAUGUAUUAUUUCUGUUAUAAUCAUUCCUAAUGAAUUAUCAUUGGACAAGGCUGUCUAAGUACGUUUGAAAAAGAGAAGAAAAACAUUAAUGGAAAAUAACUUGGAAGGACAUUUCUCUUCAGUGGUUUCUGGUUUCACAGGUUUGGUGGGGUAACAGGAUGGGUGGGGUGGCAGCGACUCAACAGCCAGUUUUUAACGAGUGAUGUCAGAGAAAAUGCUUCAGUAGACAUUUCAAGUUACAUCAUUAGGAAGGUUAAUGCUUUAUAAUGCAGCUGUAUAUAUGGGUGGCUGUACUAUCAUUAUUUUCAGGUAAAUACUAAGAGAAUAUUUAAAUUAGCAUCUGAGGUUAUUUUUGCUUUGAUGUGUUUUAGUUUAACUUUAAAUUAAAACAUUAUGUACCAAAUGCUUUGGUGUUUAUUACUCCUAAAAUCCUAAAUGUAAUCUUGAUAUUAAAAUAAAUGUAGGACACCAACACUAUGGAAAAUAAUGUUGAGUUAGAAAGUAAGCAGUUAAGAAACUCCCACUGGAAAAGUACUGCAAUGAUGCUGAUCCAAGUUAUUUAACCUUAGAUGAAGCUUCUCAUUUCUCAGUUAUUCAAAAAUGUUUAUUUGAUUUUCACAUGAGAAGAUAACAGGUGGGGUUUACAGUAGGAGAGACUGGUUUUAGUAAAAUAAUUUCUUUUUAUAAUUUUUAGAAUAAGUAGCCUACUUCUAGGAUUUAGUCUCAGCUUAACUAAGAGAUUUGUUUUCCCUCUUUACAAAAUGACUUUUAAAGUGGUUUUAUCUUUAAUGACUGAUCUGGUUUCAUUUAUUUGAUUGAGUUUCUGUAGCCUGUAUGAAAAUAUUGAGUGGUCAAAAAAGGACCUUGCAGGAAGAAAACUGGAUCUACACAAAGACAUUUUAACAGAUAAACAACAGAGGUCCAGAUAUUAUUCUGCCGACGAACUCAUGAUCUCCAUCCAGUUCUACAGCAGCAGUGCAAAAAAGUAUCAGACAAGUUUUUUUGGGAAUUAAAGUGUUUUGUAUUUGUUUUAAUAAA